GCAACCAACACUAUAUAUAGCCAGUGUGGCCGCAGCUAGCUCAACCCGGGCCAAACUGACAUUGCUCACUCACUCAUCGUCGUCCGAUUAACACUCCAAUUAUUCCAGCUUCUUCUAGUACGUACGUGAUCGAUCGUCCAUGGAGGGCGGCGGGCAGAUGAGCUCGGAGGAGAGCAGCAGGCUAAUUCAUGGCGGCGGGGAGGCUGCAGUGAGGUCCCGCUGGACUCCGAAGCCGGAGCAGAUUUUGAUCCUGGAGUCCAUCUUCAACAGCGGCAUGGUGAACCCGCCGAAAGACGAGACGGUGCGCAUCCGCAAGCUGCUCCAGCGCUUCGGCCCCGUCGCCGACGCCAACGUCUUCUACUGGUUCCAGAACCGCCGCUCCCGCUCCCGCCGCCGCCAGCGCCAGCUCCAGCAACAGGCCCAGCAGCUAGCCCAAGCCCACCAAGCCCCUGCUGCUCUCUCGCAAUCGGCGCCGGUGGCGGCCCAGUACGGCGGCGGAGGGUACAGCUCGUCCUCGUCUUCCUCCUCCACCUGGCCGCCGUCCUCCCCGCCGUCCGCGGGGAUCAUGAUGGACGGCGGCGGAGGGGAUGACCUUUUUGCCAUCUCGAGGCAGAUGGGGUAUGGGUCCGGGUCGUCUUCCUCGGCUCCGGCGGCCAUGGCGCACGAGCAGUCGCAGAUGUACUACGGCUACUCGUACCAGCAGCAGGCGGCGGGGGGGAUGAACAAUUCGAUGAUCCAGGUGUACAUCAAUGGCGUGGCGACGGAGGUGCCCCGGGGCCCGGUGGACGUGCGCGCCAUGUUCGGGGACGACGCCGUGCUGGUGCACGCCGCCGGGGGGAUGCUCCCCGUCGACGACUACGGCGUGCUCCUCCAUAGCCUCCAGAUGGGCGAGAGCUACUUCCUGGUCUCAAGGUCAGCUUAACUUGUAUCAUCAUCGUCACUAGCCGUGGAUUAAGUUAAUCUGCACGUUGGAGAGGCAAGUGUGGUUGCCAUUAAUUAAUCGUGAAGCAAGUGCAGGAGCUUAAUCUCGGUUGAGUGAAAUCGACCGAUGGAGCUAGUAGUGGUUCUAGCUUCUGGCAUUGGUGACCAAAUUGCAAUCGAGAUCGGCCUACGCGUAUGAUCGAUUUAUUGAUGGAGAUCGAAGAAGUGAAGACGGCCGAAAUGCAUACAUGGGGUGAUCGACAUCGAUUGAUCCAUCCACAUGUAUACGACAAAGAGUAUAUAUAGGUAUAUAGAUAGUACAUACAUAUAUAUAGAAGCUCUCCCCAGUACGUACGUACGUACACAGAUGAUGAGCCUACAUAACCAAUUAGUGUUCAAUCAAGCCGUACAUUGUGAACAAUUAAGCUGCUAUACGCCGUAUGUAAUGCAGGAUGCGUAAUCUAUGUGCGUACUCUGUGUGCGGCUGCCCUUACGCAAGCAAAUUAAGGCGCAAUUGGAUAUAAACUGUUACGUUCAAUAUUAAAUGACUCAAAUUUGUCCAAAUGUGGAUGUGUCUAUGUCAAAAACAGUCUAGGUACAUACAAUAGAAAGUCACUUAUUAUGAGACGGAGAGAGUAGAAAGAUGUAUUAUGUUCCCAGUGUUUUUUGUCACUCUUUUUGCUCGUCAUAUACCCUGUAAUAAUGUUGAUGAUCAAGAAACAGAUGAUGGAGAUAAUUCCUGCU